AUGUUUGCCGAGAUAGGGGCUAAUCAUGGUGGCAAGAAACAGUUGACCUACCGACCCCUCGGCAUUCUGCUCCUCGGCCAACCUGCGACCAUGCAUCAUCUCGCCUUGAUCGUGACCACGGGUGCUGUCCUUGCACUUGCUCUCCCUCGCGGCAGUUCGGGCUCGUCCCGCGAUAUCGGCAAUGUCGAACUCGACAACCUCGACGCCGCCAACUACGGCGAUUACGGCGACUACGGGAGCUAUGGCACGUAUGACAACUACGACGCCAUCAUCGGUGGCGAGCCUCCUGUGCCUGCCGACACCAUCGUCGUUACUGUCCCAGUAGCAAGUUCUGUCUCGACAGCGACGGCGACCACCACGGUGGCAGGCCUGACCGUCAUCAGUACCGCACCGACAGUUACUUCGACGGUCACCGUGGCGAACAUCACACUCACUACCACAGCACUCACAGUUCUCGGAACUGGUAUCGGCGGCAUAAUUGGCACCGGCGGCACCGGCGGCCAUGGCACGGGCUUGGUUAACACAACAUUGCCGGCCGGCGCGACAGUUGCCGGCAACGGUUCAUGGUCUUUUGUGACGAUCACAGUCGACCCCAAGACGGUGUUCUUCAGUAACGCAACCACGUCGACAGUUACCGUCACAGCACCGUCCUCCAAGACCGUGGUCGUUCGCCUUGCUCGUGUCCAGUAA